GGCAGACACAGAGACACAGAGACACAGAGACACAGAGACACACAGACACAGCUUCACAGCUUCAUAGCUCAUUGGCGCCGCGUUCAGUCGCACUUUCUACAUGUUUUAGUUUUCGGUCGGCCUGUUUUUUUGUUUCUCAGAGAGUGAAUGGCUGUCGUUGGAAACGGAAUUUGAAAACGCAGCAGUAAUACCAUUGUAUACUGUAUAAAUACAUUAAAAUAUAUAUUGUUUAAUCAUACUAAAGAACAAAUGUCGAUGAAGAGGGAGAGAGACCCUGAACUGGGGGAGGACGACGAAGAUGAGGUUCCAGCGAAGGCAGUGAGAUGCAAGGAGAUUAGUGAAGACUGUCGAAGCCGACACUGCCCGUACCUGGACACCAUUAACAGGAGUGUCCUGGAUUUCGAUUUUGAGAAGCUGUGCUCCAUUUCACUCUCCCACAUCAACGUCUACGCCUGUCUCAUCUGUGGGAAAUAUUUCCAAGGUCGUGGUUUGAAGUCUCAUGCCUACACACACAGUGUUCAGUUCAGCCAUCAUGUUUUCCUUAACCUGCACACCCUUAAGUUUUACUGCCUGCCGGACAAUUAUGAGAUCAUCGACUCCUCCUUGGAGGACAUCACAUAUGUACUGAAGCCUACCUUUACAAAGAAGCACAUCGCUAACCUGGACAAACAAGGCAAACUGUACCGUGCUUACGAUGGUACCACCUACCUGCCGGGCAUUGUGGGAUUGAACAACAUCAAGGCGAAUGACUAUGCCAACGUGGUGCUGCAGGCACUGUCGAACGUGCCCCCGCUGCGUAACUAUUUCCUGGAGGAGGAGAACUACCGGACCAUCAAGCGGCCGCCUGGAGACAUCAUGUUCCUGCUGGUGCAGCGCUUUGGGGAGCUCAUGAGGAAGCUGUGGAACCCGCGCAACUUCAAGGCUCACGUCUCGCCCCACGAGAUGCUGCAGGCUGUCGUGCUGUGCAGCAAGAAGAACUUCCAGAUCACCAAACAGGGUGAUGCUGUGGACUUUCUUUCCUGGUUUGUGAAUGCCUUGCACGGGGCCCUCGGGGGAACAAAGAAAAAGCCCUCAAUAAUUACAAAGGUGUUCCAGGGGUCUAUGCGCAUUUUCUCCAAGAAGCUCCCUCACCCUGAUCUGCCUGCAGAGGAGAAAGAGGCGCUGCUGCUGAAUGAGGAGUACCAGGAGAAGAUGUCCGAGUCGACCUUCCUGUACCUGACCCUCGACCUGCCCACUGCACCACUCUACAAGGAUGAGAAGGAGCAGCUCAUCAUCCCACAGGUCCCCCUCUUCAACAUCCUCGGCAAGUUCAACGGCAGCACUGAGAAGGAAUACAAAACCUACAAGGAAAACUUCCUGAAGAGGUUUCAGCUGACCCAGCUGCCUCCCUACCUCAUCUUCUGCAUUAAGAGAUUCACAAAAAACAACUUCUUUGUUGAGAAGAACCCCACCAUUGUCAACUUCCCUAUCACAAAUGUUGACCUGCGGGAGUACCUUACUGAGGAAGCUCAGGUGACAGAAAAGAACACAACAUAUGACCUUGUGGCUAACGUCGUGCACGAUGGGAAACCAUCGGAGGGGGCUUAUAGAAUCCACGUGCUGCAUCAUGGGACAGGGAAAUGGUAUGAACUCCAGGAUCUUCAGGUGACUGACAUCCUGCCCCAGAUGAUUACGCUCUCAGAGGCUUAUAUUCAGAGAGUGACACUGGAAAGAAACAUCAGUCCUGUCCCAUCCUGUCCUGUCAAAAAUGUUCCGGUCCCAUCCCAUCCCAUGAUAAACGGAGAUCAGCUAUUAUUUGGAGAUAUGGAAGAGACGAGAGGAAGAUGAUGAUGAGAUUAAUCAGCAUGGUGCGUGAGAGCAUCACAGUUUAAGGACUAGCAGUUUUUUCUCAAAAGCAAGUUGGAAAUAGUGUACUGUUAAAAUUGUAAUUUUGUUUUGAUACAGUAUCUCCGUUGCACAAAACUAUGAAAACAGAUACAUGCUGUUGUGGUCAGUUGUCAAAACCAUUAACUACUCCCCCAGCGUCUUUAACAGGUUUUGGUAUAAAAGGUGUGUGUUUUUUUGUUUUGUUUUUUUAAACAAACUUUGGAAUACAUUCUAUGAAUGACUUGUUUGUUUUGUAGGUGGGACCUUAUGUAGGAAAGAAAGAUAACUGAGUGGGUAACAAUAAUAAUAAUAAAAAAAGCUUUGCAUUUUU